GUCUAUUAUUAUUAAAUUACACUGAUAGUCUAUCAAAUUAAGACUCAAACACAACAAGUGUUUAUUAUUAACUGCAAGGUUAGAUAUAUUUGCAUUCGUGUAACCCGAUUUGUAAACCGAUACAUUAUACUUUCAAUUUUGUUAGAUAUAAGAUGUGGUUAAUAGUAGUUGUGGUCGUGUUAACUCUUUUGUAUUAUUUAAUACAGAGAAAUUACAGUUAUUGGAGUAAAAAGGGCGUACCUGGACCUAAACCGAAAUUUCUGAUAGGCAAUUUUGGAGACAGUUUUAUUGGGAAAAGAUCUAGCGGAGAAAUUGUUACGGAUAUCUAUAGAGAAUAUGAAAACUACCCAUUUGUUGGAUUUUAUAAAGCCACUACACCUAAUCUCCUCGUUCGAGAUCCCGAAUUCGUUAAAAGGGUUAUGGUAAGCGAUUUUAAACAUUUUCAAAACAAUGACAUCAAUGUAGAUAAAGAUUCUGAUCCAAUUGGUGGACGUAAUCCUUUCGUUCUCAGAGGUGUUGAGUGGAAAAACAAGAGGGCCCAGUUAACUGGAUGUUUUACUUCAGGAAAGAUAAAGGCCAUGUACUAUUUCCUGGAACACACCAGUAAACGAAUGGUGAAAUAUGUGGAAGAUGAAAUUAAAAUUUCAGAACCUUUGGAAGCCAGAGAAGUAUGCGUCAGAUACACACUCGACAAUAUAGCAGUCUGCGCUUUCGGAGUUGAUGGUAAAAGCUUUGAUGAGCCUUUUUCAGAAUUCAGAGAUUUAGCUGAAAAAUUUAUGUCUCCCGCUAAUUUAAUAAACAAGUUAAAAUUAUGGUUAGUGUUCAAUUUUCCUGCUGUGACUGAAUAUAUUAAACUUAAAGUUGUACCGCACGAGGUUGAAAGUCGUUUACUAGAAUUAAUCACCAAGACCUUAAAAUACAGAAGAGAAAAUAAUAUAGUUAGAAACGACUUUUUAGAUGUUUGCACCCGUCUGGAGACUGAAUCUGGACGUUUUACGGAAAUUGACAUAGCAGCACACGGAGCCAGUUUUUUUAUAGAUGGAUAUGAAACAAGUUCAAGAGUUAUGAAUUUUUUAUUAUUUGAACUAGCAGCCAAUCCAAAAGCUCAACAAACCUUAAGAGAAGAACUUAACGAAAGCUUCGAGAAAAAUGGAAAUACAUUUACAUAUGAAGCAUUACAUGACCUACCCUUUUUGGAUGCAUGUUUAAAAGAAAGCAUGAGGAAAAACUCUCCGAUGCAUAAUUUAUCGAAAGUGUGCACUGAAGACUACACGUACACAUCUACAGAUCCAGAUUUUAAAAAUUUAACCGUGCAAUUGAAAGUCGGAGACCGUAUCGCUAUACCGGUCAUAGGACUGCAAAUGGAUUCCAAGUAUUUUGACGAACCUGAUAAUUUCGUACCAGAGAGGUUUUUAAACAAAGACGAUAUACAGAGAUAUACUUAUUUACCAUUUGGAGAGGGUCCACGUAUAUGUUUAGGUCAACGAUUUGCGGUAACUCAAAUCAAGACCGGAAUUGCUUACUUGAUCAAAAAUUUUCAAUGCACAGUUAAUUCUAAAACACAAUUGCCUUUAAAGUUCGAUCCAUAUUUUUUUAUGAAUGAUGUUGUUGGAGGAAUAUGGAUAGAUUUCAAAAAAAUCAUGUAAACAACUUACUUUUAUGUAAAAUAUUAAUAUUGAGUGAUUAAGUAUAUUACUUUUGUUCUAUAACUUCUAUUUACACCGAAAAUGAGUACGAUAUUUGUCAAAUGCAAGAAUUGUAUUAUUUCAUUUGGAACAAGUAUUUUUUUAGAUAUUUAUAAAGUCUCUUAUCUUUCCUUUAUAAAAAUGUAGCAUAUGUAGUUUAUUUUUAUAGAAAUUAGUACGAUUUAAAAUAAUUGCUACAUUUCUUUAAAAAAAUUGAUAUAAUAAUUCAACUUGGAAAACCAUAGCUUUCAAAAACCCUAGAUACAGCAUCAAAAACAAAAUUUUGACCUCUUACAUGCUGGGCGCCAUGAUAACUAAAUUUUAAGGUGUCACUACUGACAAGUGAUGCCAUGCAGUCGCGGCUUGCUUUGUUUCAUAUUUUGAAAGUAUGAAUAUUUCAAAAACCUUGUCCGUGAAGAAUCUUCCACGCAUUUGCACAACUUAAAGCAUUCGCUUCUUCAUCGCGCAUGCUUCUAAAUGCGCUUAUUCGUAUAUAUAUUCUUCCGCACUUGGUUCGUGAAUAACUAUAGUUACACCAAUCAAAAAUACAUUUUCCCCAAGAAGGUUUUCAGAAUCAAAUAAUAAUGUACAGGGUAGGGUGUCCCAUUAAUAAUGGCACAUAGAGUAACUAAAGAUUUUUUGAUUAAAAAUAAUACGAUUAAACAAAACAUGCUUAGGUAAAAUGUUACUCGUUUCCGAUUCAGUGUGUUAUAAUUAAAAAUUGAAAAAAUUAUUAAUGGCUAGGUUACUUUUUUUAUUACUUAUUAUAAUUUUAUUAAAUUUGGCCAACGUUUUUAGUAUCAUAAGAUACUUCUAUUGGCAAAAAAACAAUAAAAUAAAAUCUGCUAGUGGCGUGUGGAAUGGAUAAAUAACACCUUCAUCGCUUCUAAAUUUUACGUCACUCUCUAAAAUAAAUUUUUCUGUUGUUUUUUUAAAUACAUCAUAUACUCUUAUUGGGAACUUAUAAAGUGAUUGGGUUUCGAGAUCUUUGCACUCAAAGGUGGAUACCCUUUAUUUUAAUAUAUUUUUAAAUUAAAUUUUUUUAUUAGUUUUUAAGGGUACUUGAUUUAACUAAAACAUAAUGAUCCAAAAAAAAUUGAAAGGGAUGAAGAUGUUACUUGUCCGUACCGUACACCACUGGCUAAAUAAUUGAUUUUUUGCUGACA